AUGGCCAACGACAAGAAGCGUAAGGGGAAGGAGACAGAGGAUGGUAAGCCCGCCCCUAAGAAGGCUCACACGGCAAAGGCCAAAGCUUCUGGGUAUGAUGCACUUGUCGAGCUAAUCACGUACGCCCGCACUUUUUGUGUCAAUAAACCCGCACCCAACAACGACCACGUCCCCGCUCAAACCAGCACAGUCAAUAGCACGAGCUUGUCGCUGCUCAUCACUCAGCCCGCCGCUCAACCUGGCACGAUCGAUAACCUCGAGCAAGAUGAUUGGUCGUCGCUUCUCACCCAACUUGACCAAGCCGACAUACAACCGAUUGCCUCCACUUCUUCGUUCCCGUCAACACUCGCAUUCCCCGAUGUGAAUUUGCUUGGAUGGGACUUUGGUGGCAUGAGUGCAGGUGGUCAGAUGAUGGGGAUGGGGGACUUCACAGACUGGGACUUCUUGUCAUCGGGAACCUGA